GGCCAAAAGAUUCUGUUUAUUCAUACUCAUCUUACACAGAUUAUUUAUUGGUUCACACUAUGGUCCAAGUUACUUUCAAUUCCGCUAAAGCUACCAAGUCCGAGGACGUGUUAAAGACUACCUUCACUUACGAAAAUGCUAUUGUCGAAAAGGGUGAAGCUGGAGCAUUGAACGUCACUCCUACUAAGACCGACUACGAAUUCAAGACCGAGUUGAAAGUCCCUAAGUUGGGGUUGAUGUUGGUUGGUUUAGGUGGUAACAAUGGUACCACGUUGGUGGGUGCUGUAUUAGCCAAUAAACACAACAUUUCCUUUGAAACCAAAGAAAGGGUCGUCAAGCCUAACUACUACGGUUCGGUUACCCAAUCUUCCACCGUGAAGUUGGGAGUUGAUGCUGAAGGUAACGAUAUCUACGCUCCUUUCAACUCAAUCUUACCAAUGGUUAACCCCAAUGACUUUGUUGUUGGUGGAUGGGAUAUCUCCAAGUUGAAAUUGGACAAGGCCAUGAAGAGAGCCCAAGUGUUGGACAUCGAUUUGCAGAAACAAUUGUACUCAUACAUUGAUGACAUCGAACCUUUACCAUCUGUAUACUAUCCUGAUUUCAUUGCUUUGAAUCAAAAGGAAAGAGCCGAUAACGUCUCCAAUAUCGAUGCCAAGGGAGAAGUUGACUUGAAGAACAAAUGGAAGGAUGUUGAAAAAAUCAGAAAGGAUAUUAAUGAUUUCAAGGCAAAGAACAAGUUGGAUAAGGUGAUCGUUUUGUGGACUGCUAACACUGAAAGAUACUCUGAAAUUAUUGAAGGAGUCAACGAUACUGCCGAAAAUUUUAUCAAGGCUAUCAAGGAAAACCACGAAGAAGUAUCUCCAUCUUCUGUUUUCGCUGUUGCCAGUAUUUUGGAAGGUGUUCCAUACAUCAAUGGAUCUCCUCAAAAUACUUUUGUUCCGGGUGUGAUUGAAUUGGCUGCACAAUACAAAUCUUUCAUUGGUGGAGAUGACUUCAAGAGUGGACAAACCAAGGUCAAGUCUGUGUUGGCACAAUUCUUGGUGGAUGCCGGUAUUCGUCCAGUUUCCAUUGCCUCUUAUAACCACUUGGGUAACAACGAUGGAUACAAUUUGUCUGCUCCCAAACAAUUUAGAUCAAAGGAGAUCUCAAAGUCUUCAGUGGUUGAUGAUAUUAUCGAAAGUAAUGAGAUUCUUUACAACGACGAAACCGGAAGAAAAGUCGAUCACUGUAUCGUCAUUAAGUACGUGCCUGCGGUCAAGGAUUCUAAGGUUGCCAUGGAUGAGUACUACAGUGAGUUGAUGUUGGGUGGACAUAACAAGAUCUCUAUUCACAAUGUGUGUGAAGACUCUUUGUUGGCCACUCCAUUGAUCAUUGAUUUGGUGGUGAUGACCGAGUUCUUUUCGAGAGUCACCUACAAGAAGGUUGGAGCAUCCGACGACAGCUAUGACAACUUCUAUGCGGUGUUGACGUUGUUGAGUUACUGGUUGAAGGCUCCAUUGUCCAAGCCAGGAUUCAAGCCUAUUAAUGGGUUGAACAAGCAACGGUUGGCAGUGGAAAACUUGUUGAGAUUAUUGGUGGGAUUGCCCGUGAAUAACGAAUUGAGAUUCGAAGAGCGGUUGCUUUAGUAGAGUUAUAGAGCUAAUUAAUAUUAAUAAAUUAUGAGGUAGAAUUAUGAUUGUAAAUGUUUGGGGAGCUAAAUAUCAAAUCUGGAAGUUCUGUCCCAUCACCCACCCCAAUGGUAGCUGAUCACCAUCACAACCGAAGACCAUGGCCAAUGUCGCGGUUUAUGUCAGCAGCACCCCGACAUUUUGCAGCACGAAUGCGAUGUCGUUGUUGGGGAACAUAUUUGUUCCCCAACAAAAACCCUGAGACGAGCACCUUCGCAAGCAGAUCUACAAUGCCCCAACCACACAAACGCAAUCUGCCAAGAUGGCAGUCAUGUGACUAGCUCCGGAUCCUGGUGCCCGAUCUUUGCCCAUUAAUCUAUCCAAUGGUGCCCCGGGACUUGUUAUCCCAUAUCUGUUGGGGAAAGCUCGGUUCUAUUAUUAGUCCAUCCUCGGAAUUCUUCCACCCACACCAAUUGAAAAUUCAGCAUCAAUUCCGGCUUCCAGUCUUAUGCCUGCGACGGAGGGCCAGCUCUCAUCACAUUUCCCUUACCUGUAACUAGUAGUUAGCACCAGCCGAUCCUAAACACCCCUCGCAGGGGCAGAUGUCCCGCAAAGACGGAGAAUAUGUCGCGGAUGUCGCGGCGUUGCUGGUUGCCGUUUCGCCGCAACUUUGCUAUGGCAGCUGACCUUGUUGGAAGUUAUGCCCCCGAGGAUAACGCAGCCCCUCGUAAUUAUAAUAUCAAUAGCUCCAUACUACCGACCCAAAAUUUGGUUAGGCUCUUGCUCCCCAACAUUUCCCCUGGGUGAUGACUAAAAUUCACACUCAAGUUUCUGUUUUCGGUUAGGUCUGCGGAC